AUGUUCCUUGAUAACACCCAGGCUCCAGUCCACCUGCCUGGAACGCCUGCAUCUGGCCAAGAGGCACACCCUCUUCCUCGCGGAGAAUGUAGCUUUAUUCUCUCCUCCUCUGCCGACAAUGCCGCCCGCCAGCGCUGCGCCUGUCGCAGCUUCUAUCCGGAUCCCGUCAUACCCUCCCGCUGCGGCUGCGGGCACCAGGCCUGGAACCAUGAGGCACAGCCCAUUGCAACCGUGUCAAUGGAUGCAUACAUUCAGGCCGUCGACGAAAUGAAGCGCCUAAAGCACGAAAUCAAACGCUUCGAGACGUUGGAGCACGACCUCAAGCAAGAGCUGUUCCGCGAGAGAAUGGCGCGAGAAGAAAUCCUGAGGAUGAACAAUGCAGUCCAGGCCCGCAUGUACCAAAACAUGCAAUUCUUGAAGCUUUCCAUAGACGACCGCGUCGAGGCCGUUGUGGACCGAACAACCGAACUCAGCGACCAGAUCAAGCUGCAGGGCGAGCGUCUGACCAUGGUGGACGAGUUCAGCAUGGAGCUCGAAAACCGCGUCGACCGCAUCGAGCAGCUGAAUGCCGUGUCAAGGGACCCCACACCUGCUCCAGCAACGCCAAAGGUGCGCCGAUCCACACCACAGGCACCACCGCUUCCGCUUCCACAGCUGCCAUCCAUAAUGCAGACAAGCCACACGCUUGGCCAGCUGCCCAUCCGUAACGACAAAAAGUAUGCCUUGUCUUGGACUGUCCGCGUCAUCUUUGUGCCCCGCAAAUCGCAAAAGUUCGCCUUCGAUCCCGACUGCACCGCCUACCGACGCUGCGCAUCGCGUAAGCUGCACCAAACACUCGAUUUCCCCAGCCAGGACAGCUCCUGUUUCGCGAACCGCAUCGAGACGGCCUUCAAGGGCGUAUUCCGUGGACGGCCAUGGAUGCCCAUGACCGGCCAUCGGCCCGCAGAUGAGCCUUUUGGUCGCAUGGCUCUUACUCUCUUGCCCCCUGACCUGGUGCAUCGCGGCGUGUGGGAUUUUCCGUUUCUCGAAGACCACUGCAUCGCCCAUGACAAGAUGCAGGGUGACGUUCUCUACAUUACUCUCCAAUACGAGGACGUCACGUGGAACGAGAUACGCUUUCUACCCCCUGUCAGUGGUGCCGACGAGACUUGCUGGGAGCACGACGAGGAGCUGGACGGCACCGCCAAGUACAAGAGUCUGGACUCAGAAAUCAUGUACGAUUACCAGGAUCCUCCUCCUACCUAUUCAUCUCGAACUCACUCCAUGGCGACUAGGACGCCUUCGGGACUGGAUGUCCUUGCUAAUUCGGCCGCCAUGCUCAGUCCCAUGGAGCGCACCAUGACGGCAUCGUCCGCUCACUCGUCCAGACCAAGUCUCAUGAGCCCUAUGCAGCGUGCUCCAACACAAUCAUCGACUCACUCAAGCACGCCUCGUUUCUCAUCCGAGCGAAGCAGCCUUCGCAGCUUUGACACCGAGACCACGGACGAUGAGCACCGUGACAAGAAGCCAAAGCUGCGAAUGAAACAAAGCAUGCCCAACGUCAAUGCUGUUGGCCAUGCCCAGCAGCCCAUGUACGUUUCGGGCCGCUCCAAGCGAAAGAUGCCCGUGAGGGAGAAAGGCCCCAAAGAGCCUUUGCACUUCAACGUCGCCGGCGUCGCCAAGGGUGGUCUGCACUUCCUGCAUCCCCGCUCCUCCAAAGGCAAGGAAGUCGCCCAUAACCCAUGA